GACUACGAGUGACUUCGGGGUCUGUUGAGUGAACGGCGGCAAUCGGCGGUCGCUCGUUUCCAGGGAUAUCGACAACGCGCGACUCUCCAUAAACGAGGAUGCUUCUAAAGAUUCUUGCGGUGUGUGCAGUGUCAGCUGCGAUGGUUCAGGGUCACCUCGUGAGGAGAGCAGCAGAUGACAAUGACUCAAACCUUCCUUACACUGUCAACUACGACCACACGGACGAACAUGGCACGCGAAUCUACAGGCUGGAGAUCACGGACGCCGACAACGUGCGUAUGGGCACGUAUGGUUACAUGGACGCGAAGGGCCUGUACCGCCAGGUUCACUACCUGGCUGAUGCCACAGGCUUCCACGUGUUCGUGUGCACCAACGAACCCGGCACCGAGACUUCCUUCCCCGCCGAUGCCGUGAUCCAAAUGCACCACUGGGAGAAGGUAGCACCGGACUCGACUCUCGGGAGGUUGCUCGCCAGGCUGCCGCAAGUCACUUCCCCGACGACUGUUUCUGCUGACGGCAAGGGACAGAAAAAAACGGCACCGCAGCAGGAUAAGAAAGAGAAGUCUGGAUAGGGUGACAAUGCCAAAGUGUAAAUUAUGUGCCCCAACUGUGAGCUGCGAGCUUGCUAUG